AUGAAACACAACUAUUCGACCAUUUCUGUCGUUCAGAAAAUUGCAUCGCCCAUGCCCUGCAUGUCGCAGCUGGUACAGGACAAGAUCGACGAAUUUGAGAGCAGAGGCUCCGAGGAUGCUUUCUGUGUGGGAGAUAUUGGUGAUGUCAUUACCAAAUUUAACAAGUGGAAGGAGCUGAUGCCACGUGUGGAGCCUUUUUAUGCUGUGAAGUGUAACUCUGACAAUGUUGUCCUGAAGACAUUGGCAGAUAUGGGAGCUGGAUUUGAUUGUGCUAGCAAGGGUGAAAUUUCCCAAGUGAUGAAGCUUGGUGUGGAUGCAUCUCGCAUCAUCUAUGCCAACCCUUGCAAGCAGAAGUCCUUUGUGAAGUACGCCGCCAAGUAUGGUGUUGACAUGAUGACCUUUGACAAUGAGGCGGAGCUUGUGAAAGUCAAGGAUAUUUUCCCAGAUGCAAAACUGGUGUUGCGAAUUCUGCCAGUUGCUCAAGUGAAGGUACAGUGCCAGCUUGGAAACAAGUUUGGCUGUCACCCCAGCAAUGUCCGCAGGCUGCUCCUGAAAGCCAAAGAGCUGGAUGUCAAUGUGAUGGGUGUCAGUUUCCAUGUUGGCAGCGGGGUCGGUGAGGCUCAAGCAUUUGCCUAUGCUGUGAAGCAGGCUCAUGAAGCCUGGGAGAUUGCUACAGAACUCGGAUUCAAGAUGACCCUUCUGGACAUUGGUGGUGGCUUUCCUGGACAGGCUAAUGCCCCAAUCACUUUUACUGAGAUUGCAACUGUAGUGAACGAAGCACUUGACGUUUAUUUCCCUUCGGGAAGUGGUGUGCGCAUCAUUGGUGAGCCAGGGAGGUACAUGGUUGCAUCUGCUUUCACUCUAGCUGUCAAUAUCAUUGCCAAGAGGACGGUGGUCAAGGAAGUGGCUGGCACUGACAGCGGCGUCAACACUAGUGAACCCUCACACAUGUACUACGUCAAUGAUGGUGUUUAUGGGUCGUUCAACUGCAUUAUUUAUGAUCAUGCUCACCCAGAACCUCGGGUUAUCUCGGAUUCCCCUGAUCGAUUCAACUCAUCUGUCUGGGGUCCCACCUGUGACGGCCUGGACUGCAUUAUGCCGGAGUGCAAGCUGCCAGAGAUGGAUGUUGGGCAGUGGAUGUAUUUUGCUGAUAUGGGAGCUUAUACUGUUGCUGCUGGUUCCACCUUCAAUGGGAUGCCCCGACCGCAAUUCUUCUAUGUCUGCAAUGAGGAUCUUUGGAACCAAGUGUACCCAGAACACACUGCGCCAAAGAGGAGAUGCGAAAGUAUGUCUGCGGAUGCGGAUUUCCCUCAUUUCAUGACCGGACCUGACAUGAAGUCUCUCAGGGAAGCGGCCAAUUCAAUCUCUUGCUGCACUGAAGAUGAAAUUGUUUUUGCAUGA